AUCUUUAACAUUCACAUUCAACCUCUUUAUGUAAUGUUUCCCUGGGUUUGUUUAUUUGUUGCUAUAUUCCUUUAAAAACAAUGUCACAUCAUUUUUUAAAAAUUAAUGAACAUUGUAAAUUUUUAUGGUAGAUAAUAAUAUAUUUCCAUUAUCAUCUCUUCUCUAUUGCACUUUCCCUCUGAGUGCAGCAACAAAUAUUGGAGAAAAGAGAACAAGUUUCAGUUUCCUUGAACAGUGACAACUAAGAGAGAAACAUGAAAUUUUUAUGGAUAUUAUGCGUAUUUAUGUAAAGGAUAAAUGGUAUCAACAUCUUGUGUUAGCAAUAGUCCAUUUCCGAUGAAAGAGGCAGCUCCGAUCUCUCAUUCGUAUCCGGUACCUCUUGCAAAGUAUGAGGAGGUUGUGGCAAAUCCCAAGCUCUUCAUAUUUACCUUGGAGAAGCUACAUGCUUCCAUGGGUACCAAAUUCAUGAUUCCUAUUAUUGGUGGAAAAGAACUAGAUCUGUGUCGCCUCUUCAUUGAAGUGACUUCUCGUGGAGGGUUUGAGAAGCUUAUAAAAGAGAGAAGAUGGAAAGAAGUAACUUCAGUUUUCAAUUUUCCAUCAACAGCCACAAAUGCUUCUUUCGUGCUGCGGAAGUACUAUGCUUCAUUGCUUUACCACUAUGAACAAAUCUACUUUUUUAAAGCCAAUCGAUGGAUCCCUCCAACUUCUGGUGCUCUGCAGAGUCACGCAGCCCCGCCAGUUCCUGCUCGAACGACACAAUUUUUGCAGCCUUCUCCAGCAAUUCAACCAGUUGUCUUUCAUCAGUCAAGUGCUAAUGCUGCUGAAUUUUCUAAAGGAUCUUCAGUGGUUGGAGUCAUUGAUGGGAAAUUUGAAAGUGGGUAUCUAGUUUCAGUUUCUUUAGGUUCAGAUAUGGUCAAAGGUGUACUCUAUGAAUCUCCACAAACCCCUAUGUUGCCUGCAUCUGCAUCACAUCAUCAAAGCAUUAUAGCUAAGAACAACAAUACCCCUGCUGUAUUGGGUGUCCAGCGUCGCCGUCGCAGGAAGAAAUCAGAAAUAAAAAGGAGGGAUCCUGCUCAUCCAAAACCCAACCGAAGCGGCUACAAUUUCUUCUUUGCUGAGCAGCAUGCAAGACUAAAACUACUAAACCAAGCCAAGGACAGGGAUAUUAGCAGGAUGAUUGGAGAACUAUGGAACAAGUUAAAAGAGCCUGAAAGAUCAGUUUAUCAAGAGAAGGCUAUUAAGGAUAAAGAGAGGUACCAAGCAGAAAUGGAGGGUUACCGUGAGAGACUGAAGAUGGGCAAUGUCAUCAGUGAUGCUGUGCCACUGCAACAAAGGCUCCCUGAAUCAGAUGCAUCUUUGGUGGAUGUGGACAUAAAAUUGAUUGGUUCUCCUCAAACUCCUGUGGAAAGCACUUCUAGUGGAAGUGACUAUGAAGAUGAUGAUAUCAAUAUGGGUGCCACCUCUCCUGAAGUAGAAGUGGGUGUUGAAGCUACCUAUGUGGGUUCAGACAAGCCAUCACAGGAUUAUGAGCUUCUUCCCCAAUGCCAGAGAGAAGGGGAUGCUGGAGUUCAGGAUGUGCAAACGAUGAAUGAGAGCAAGACUAUGCUAGCAUUAAUUUAGUGCAGAGAACAGUUUUUUUCUUUAUUCAUGUAAUAAGACCAGGUAGGAUUUAUUUCCAGUGUUUAGGUUUGUCACAUUUAGUUUUGUCUUUUCAAGAUUAAUUCAGGAGUUCAUAUUCUCUGCAUUUUAAAGUACACUAGGAUUAGGAUUGUACCCGUGCAAUGCAUGA